AUGUCUACUGUACAACCUCAUCUGCAUCCCAUUCUCAUAUUGCCUUGUCUUCAUAAGGAUUAUAAAAAGCAUGCUAGAACUCUCAGUCAAACCGGGAUUGGCCUCGAUAAACAUGAGAUCACCCUAGUAUUUUAUCUUGUGAACAUAGAUGCCAUUCUGGAGGAAUUCCCAUGGUGGCAUGAUCUGAACCCAAUUUGCAACUCCACUGCAGAUGGUCAGGAGCUGGCAACUCAGUUAGAUGAGUUACUUGAAAAUAAUCAAAAAGGUGGAGUCAUGGGAGAGGAGGGUGAUUCUGAGGAUAGGUCCCCACUUCUGGAACCACCUCUCGAGACCAGUGGUGACUCUACCCCACUAUUUGGUUCAUCACAACUGCCAUCUUCACCGCUUAACCUGUUCAUGGAUUUAGAUGAACCUAAACCCACAUUAUCCCAGCCACUACAUCAAGCAUGUUAA